AUGGAAGGGGAUGGUGAGCGACGGGAGCAACACGAGGUAGCAUCUGAGCAAACGAAGUACACAGACAGUGAGCAAAAGGCUCCAAGUACCAGUACAACAGCGGAUGGGCCUGAAAAUGAGCCAUCUCGGGGCAGCGAAACUGACAGCAAUUACAGUCAGCUAAGCUAUGCCAUGCCAGAAGGGCGAACCGAACAGGAGGUGCCCCGCCUUUCUGAUGGCAGUGCUGAGACAGUUUGGGGAGAAGAGGAGCCAGGCGCCCCUGGGUUUUCUUUCUGUUCAUUUUCUCCUCCCCCGAAACGAAAACGCCCUUCCCACGCCGUCGUCCUUGAAGCCUACAGGGAUCCUGGACUUGCAGAAAACAUGAACGUUGGCACCAACACGACACAUUUAGUUUUGGGCAUUCCUUAUCAGGCAGACGAGAAACACGCGGAGGGGCCAUGCCGCGAGGUGCCCUUAGGAAGAGAAUUGCCGGAUCAGUUCCCGGCUUCGUCACCCAGGAGACCGCACCGCAAGUACAAACUGCUGCACAAUGCUGCGAUGGCACUAACCUUUGUGGCGAUCGUCUCUCUGUGGGGUAUUGUGGACAUGGGGGUUGAACUCGCCUCUGGAGUGGACAGCGGCCAUCAGUUUCAGCUGUAUGCGGUGCUGCUCAUUAUUGGAGUUCUGGCGGCGCUGGCCCUGAGGAAGCUGAAGGCGCUCUCCUACAGAUGGACAUCGUACCCAACCUUGCUGGCGUCUUUGCUGACGGCUGCUGCUGCUUGGGGCCUUGUGGUGAGGGAGCAGAACUGA